CUCCGCCGCGCCGCCGCCGGGUCCGUCCGCCGCCCGCCUUCGCCCGCGCCCGGCCCCGCGCCCGCCGCCUCCCGGCCGGCCGCAUGGCGCUCCGGGGCUUCUGCAGCGUCGAUGGCUCCGAGCCCUUCUGGGACUGGAACGUCACGUGGAACACCAGCAACCCCGACUUCACCAAGUGCUUCCAGAACACGGCCCUGGCCUGGGCGCCCUGCCUCUACCUCUGGGCCUGCUUCCCCUGCUACUUCCUCCACCUCUCCCGCCAUGGCCGCGGCUACAUCCAGAUGACGCCCCUCAACAGAGCCAAGACCGCCCUGGGGCUCCUGCUGUGGCUCGUCUGCUGGGCAGACCUCUUCUACACCUUCUGGGAAAGAAGCGUGGGCAGGCUCCCGGCCCCGGUGCUCCUGGUCAGCCCGACCCUGCUGGGCAUCACCAUGCUGCUGGCCACCUUCCUGAUCCAGCUGGAGCGCAGGAAGGGCGUCCAGUCCUCGGGCGUCAUGCUCAUCUUCUGGCUGGUCGCCCUGCUCUGCGCCACGGCCGUCCUGAGGUCCAAGAUCAUGGCCGCCUUAAGGGAGGACGCCCGAGUCGACGUGUUCCGGGACGUCACCUUCUACCUCUACUUCUCCCUCGUGCUGGGCCAGCUGGCGCUGUCCUGUUUCUCGGACCGCUCGCCCCUGUUCUCUGAGACCAUCAACGACCCGAACCCGUGCCCGGAGUCCGGAGCCUCCUUCCUCUCCAGGAUCACCUUCUGGUGGAUCACAGGGUUGAUGGUCCGGGGCUAUCGGCACCCGCUGGAGAGCACUGACCUGUGGUCCCUGAACAAGGAGGACAUGUCGGAGCAGGUGGUGCCCGAGCUGGUGCAGAACUGGAAGAAGGAAUGUGCCAAGGCCCGCAGGCAGCCCGCGAAGGUGGUCUACUCGGCCAAGGAGCCCCCCAAGGCCAAGGGCGGCUCCAAGCUGGCGGUGAACGAGGAGGCCGAGGCGCUGAUCGUCAAGUCCCCGCGCCGGGAGCGCGGCCCGUCGCUGUUCAAGGUCUUGUACAAGACCUUCGGGCCCUACUUCCUCAGCAGCUUCUUCUUCAAGGCCGUGCACGACCUCAUGAUGUUCGCGGGCCCCGAGAUCCUCAAGAGGCUCAUCAGCUUCGUGAACGAGCAGGAGGCCCCGGACUGGCAGGGCUACUUCUACACGGCACUGCUGUUCAUCAGUGCCUGCCUGCAGACCCUCGUGCUGCACCAGUACUUCCACAUCUGCUUCGUCAGCGGCAUGAGGGUCAAGACGGCUGUCAUCGGGGCUGUGUACCGCAAGGCCCUGGUGAUCACCAACGAGGCACGCAAGUCCUCGACCGUCGGGGAGAUCGUCAACCUCAUGUCGGUGGACGCCCAGAGGUUCAUGGAACUGGCCACGUACAUUAACAUGAUCUGGUCAGCCCCUCUGCAAGUCAUCCUUGCCCUCUACCUCCUGUGGCUGAACCUGGGCCCCUCGGUGCUGGCCGGCGUCGUGGUGAUGGUCCUCAUGGUCCCCGUCAACGCCGUGAUGGCCAUGAAGACCAAGACCUACCAGGUGUCCCACAUGAAGAGCAAGGACAGCCGGAUCAAGCUCAUGAACGAGAUCCUCAACGGCAUCAAGGUGCUGAAGCUGUACGCCUGGGAGCUGGCCUUCAAGGACAAGGUGCUGGCCGUCCGCCAGGAGGAGCUCAAGGUGCUCCGGAAGUCGGCCUACCUGGCGGCCGUGGGCACCUUCACCUGGGUCUGCACGCCCUUCCUGGUGGCGCUGUCCACGUUCGCCGUCUACGUGACCGUCAACAAGAACAACGUCCUGGACGCGCAGAAGGCCUUCGUGUCCCUCGCCCUGUUCAACAUCCUCCGCUUCCCCCUCAACAUCCUGCCCAUGGUCAUCAGCAGCAUGGUGCAGGCAAGCGUCUCCCUGAAACGCCUCCGCGUCUUCCUGUCCCACGAGGAGCUGGAGCCCGACAGCAUCGAGCACCGCUCCAUCAAAGACGGUGGCGUCACCAACAGCAUCGCCGUGAAAAACGCCACGUUCACCUGGGCCCGGAGCGACCCGCCCACGCUGCACGGCAUCAGCUUCUCCGUGCCCGAGGGCACCCUGGUGGCCGUGGUGGGCCAGGUGGGCUGCGGGAAGUCGUCCCUGCUGUCCGCGCUCCUGGCCGAGAUGGACAAGGUGGAGGGACACGUGGCCGUGAAGGGCUCCGUGGCCUACGUGCCGCAGCAGGCCUGGAUCCAGAACAACUCGCUGCAGGAGAACAUCCUCUUCGGGCGGCCCCUCCUGCAGCGCCACUACCAGGCCGUGGUCGCCGCCUGCGCCCUCUUGCCCGACCUGGACAUGCUGCCCAGCCGAGACCAGACGGAGAUCGGGGAGAAGGGCGUGAACCUUUCCGGGGGGCAGAAGCAGCGAGUGAGCCUGGCCCGGGCCGUCUACUGCGACGCGGACAUCUACCUCUUCGACGACCCCCUGUCGGCGGUGGACGCGCACGUGGGCAAGCACAUCUUUGAGAACGUCAUCGGCCCCAAGGGGAUGCUGAAGCACAAGACGCGCCUUCUGGUCACGCACGGCAUUAGCUACCUGCCGCAGGCCGACAUCAUCAUCGUCAUGAGUGGCGGCAAGGUCUCGGAGCUGGGCUCCUACCAGGAGCUGCUGGCCCGGGAGGGCGCCUUCGCCGAGUUCCUGCGCACUUACGCCAGCGCCGAGCAGGAGCAGAGCCCGCCCGAGGACGGUGGCACAACCGAGGGCGAGAGCCAAGGGCCAACGGCCACCGGGGUCCCGGGGAAGGAGACCAAGCAGAUGGAGAAUGGCGUGCUGGUGGCCGAGGCAGCGGGGAAGCAGCUGCAAAGGCAGCUCAGCAGCUCCUCCUCCUACAGCGGGGACGCGGGCCGGCACCAGGCCAGCUCGGCCGAGCUGCAGAAGGCCGGGGCCGCCAAGGAGGAGUCGUGGAAGCUGGUGGAGGCGGACAAGGCCCAGACGGGGCAGGUCAAGCUGGCCGUGUACUGGGACUACAUGAAGGCCAUCGGGCUCUUCAUCUCCUUCCUGAGCAUCUUCCUCUUCCUCUGCAACCACGUGGCCGCGCUGGCCUCCAACUACUGGCUCAGCAUCUGGACGGACGACCCCGUGGUCAACGGCACCCAGCAGCACACGCGCCUGCGCCUCAGCGUCUACGGCGCCCUGGGCAUCUCGCAAGGCGUCGCCGUGUUCGGCUACUCCAUGGCCGUGUCCAUCGGGGGCAUCUUCGCGUCCCGCCGCCUGCACCUGGACCUGCUCAACAACGUCCUGCGGUCGCCCAUGAGCUUCUUCGAGCGGACGCCCAGCGGGAACCUGGUGAACCGCUUCUCCAAGGAGAUGGACACGGUGGACUCGAUGAUCCCGCAGGUCAUCAAGAUGUUCAUGGGCUCCCUGUUCAACGUCAUCGGCGCCUGCAUCAUCAUCCUGCUGGCCACGCCCAUCGCCGCGGUGGCCAUCCCGCCCCUCGGCCUCGCCUACUUCUUCAUCCAGAGGUUCUACGUGGCGUCCUCGAGGCAGCUGAAGCGCCUGGAGUCGGUCAGCCGCUCGCCCGUGUACUCGCACUUCAACGAGACGCUGCUGGGCGUGAGCGUCAUCCGCGCCUUCGAGGAACAGCAGCGCUUCAUCCGCCAGAGUGACCUCAAGGUGGACGAGAACCAGAAGGCCUACUUCCCCAGCAUCGUGGCCAACAGGUGGCUGGCGGUGCGGCUGGAGUGCGUGGGCAACUGCAUCGUGCUGUUCGCGUCCCUGUUUGCGGUGAUGUCGCGGCACAGCCUGAGCCCUGGCCUGGUGGGCCUGUCCGUGUCGUACUCCCUGCAGAUCACCUCGUACCUGAACUGGCUUGUGCGGAUGUCGUCGGAGAUGGAGACCAACAUCGUGGCCGUGGAGAGGCUCAAGGAGUACUCGGAGACUGAGAAGGAGGCCCCCUGGCGCAUCGAGGAGACGGCCCCGCCCAGCACCUGGCCCCAGACGGGCCGCGUGGAGUUCCGGAACUUCGGCCUGCGCUACCGGGAGGACCUGGAUCUGGUUCUCAAGAACAUCAACGUCACCAUCGAGGGUGGGGAGAAGGUGGGCAUCGUGGGCCGCACGGGCGCCGGAAAGUCCUCCCUGACCCUGGGCUUGUUCCGGAUCAACGAGUCGGCCCAGGGGGAGAUCGUCAUUGACGGCGUCAACAUCGCCAAGAUCGGCCUCCAUGACCUGCGCUUCAAGGUCACCAUCAUCCCGCAGGACCCCGUCUUGUUCUCCGGCUCGCUGCGCAUGAACCUGGACCCGUUCAGCCAGUACUCGGACGAGGAGGUGUGGAGCUCGCUGGAGCUGGCGCACCUGAAGGGCUUCGUGUCGGCUCUGCCCGACAAGCUCAACCACGAGUGCGCCGAAGGCGGGGAGAACCUCAGCGUCGGGCAGCGCCAGCUGGUGUGCCUGGCUCGGGCCUUGCUGCGGAAGACAAAGAUCCUGGUGCUGGACGAGGCCACGGCGGCCGUGGACCUGGAGACGGACGACCUCAUCCAGUCCACCAUCCGCACGCAGUUCGACGACUGCACCGUCCUCACCAUCGCCCACCGGCUCAACACCAUCCUGGACUACACGAGGGUGAUUGUCCUGGACCGGGGGGAGAUCGUGGAGUGCGACGCGCCUGCAGAGCUCCUGAGGCAGCGUGGCCAGUUCUUCAGCAUGGCCAGGGACGCCGGCCUGGUGUGAGCCGCCCGCCCGGCCUCCAGCACUGAAACCAAAAAGCCCAGAUGCCCGCGGGCGCCCCCCGGCGGCCCUGCACGACGGACAUACGGAGCCAGGGGAGAGAGCCGAGACUGCUGGGGGGGCCCUCGCACACCCGCUGCCCCCCCACACACACACACACCAGCCCGCCUUCUCCCUGCCUGUGCGCAUCCCUCUCGGUGCUCAGGGGACAGACCGGCCACGGGGAAUCCGCUCGUGACCAAAUCCAGCCACCACGCCGGUGGAUCGCAAGCCUUCGAGAAGCUUCUCGGCCCACCCCUCCGCUCCCCCCCACUGCCCCCCAGGGGGGUCCAAGUCAGACUCCCCCACCAAAGCUCCUUUCUGGGGGCUGCUGCCGCGUCUGGGUGAGGGACCCUGGCGUGACGGGGUCUCCCAAGGCCACUCUGACCCCCGUCGGUCUGGGCACCUCGUCCGUCCCUGGGGCGUCGGGGGGAGCAGGGUGGGGAGGACUCGCUUCCUAGGCCCACUCGGGAGUGAUGGUCCCCGAGGCUCUCCCGACCCAGCCUGGCCGGGGUCCUCCCGCCCUUUCUCCCUCAGCUGCGGGGGCGGGGGGGUGGGGGCGCCUCCAAGGCCCUGUGACCACCUGGUACCAAAAAGAACCCACGUUGGGUCUUGUUUUUCAAUGUCGCCCCCUCCGGCCCGCCGAGCGUCUGGGCCGCAGUGUCCAGGCCUGGGUGUCAGGUCCCCCAGUCUUCGCCGAGGAGCUCGCGUGACCAUCAGUGAUGGCUUUUCUUUCUUCCUUCCUUUCUUUCUUCCUUCCUUCCUUCCUUCCUUCCUUCCUUUCUUUCUUUCUUUCUUUCUUUCUUUCUUUCUUUCUUUCUUUCUUUCUUUCUUUCUUUCUAUUUUUUUUUCGAUUUUGUUUUGCUUUUGUGGGUUUUUUGUUUUGUUUUGUUUUCCGAGUCCUUCCCCGAGAGAGGAAGAGUCUCAGGACUCUCCCAGGAGGAAGAGGCGUGCGCUGAGAGGGCCCCGCUCUCGGGGUCCUGCAGGGAGAGAGAGAAGGGGGAGCCCCCCGCGGGCCUGCUCUUCGGGUCCCAGGGGGGAAAAAGUGUGAGAAGCCCCCACCCCGCCCCCCCAGGCUCCCACCUGCUUGAAUUACGUUGCUGGCUUCAGUCUCCCAGAAGUGUCUUUCUUUUAGGUGGAAAAUAUAUAUAUUUAUUUUUUUUGUAAGUUAUACCAUUCUUUCACAUGAGAUAAACCAAGUUUUUCUUGGGGAUCUUUUUGUAAUGACUUACACUGGAAACGCAAAUAUUUGCAGAUACUUUGCA